AUGAAUGGGACUCAGUUCAGUUUGGAAUCGCUCGAAAGGUUUCCCAGGAACUUCUCCUUGAGUCCUCCCAGCAGCAACCUGAGCUUUUGGGAGACCAUCCAUUUGAACGUUAACUUCCUGUUUUCGGGUUAUGAGCCCACGACCAUCGUCCUGGAGGUGAUUUAUUCGUUGUCCUUUAUCACUGGAUUUGUGGGGAACAUCAUGGCUCUGAGGGUCCUGACGAGAAGGAGAAGGAAUCGCUUGGCUGCAGCUAGAGCGACCCGGAGUCUCUUGAUCAACCUGUCCGCCUGUGAUAUGAUGGUGGUGUGCAUCUGCAUGCCCGUCACACUUGGACACCAGGUCUACAACGCUUGGGUAUUCGGAGACUUCAUGUGCAGGGCAGUGCCCUUCGUGCAGGCGGUAGCCGUCUCCGCCAGCGUGCUGAGCCUCGCCGUGAUCAGUCUGAACCGUUACUACAGUGUCCACAGCCCGCUCCAUGCCAGGGCUGUCUUCUCCUGCAGAAGGGUCCGAGGAAUGACCUGCACCGUCUGGCUUUUAUCCGCGGCGCUCUGCAUGCCCCUCAUCUUCAUGAAUAAAACUGAAAACGUGGUACUGUUGGAGGAGAAGCUGACCAUCCCCGUGUGCGCAGAGAACUGGCCCGACGCGCAGCUGAGACUGGGCUACAAUUUUUUACUCUUCUGCGCUCUCUACUGCUUCCCCGUCCUCUUCAACCUCGUCAUCUGUUUCCUGACGGCCCGCCGGCUCUGGAGGAGCCAGGACAGGCUCCAGGAGGGCAACAAGAGGCACUUAGUGGGCGACAGCUCCAGGUUGAAGGCACGCAAGAAGAUCGUCAAAAUGGUCGUGGUUCUUGUCUUGCUCUUCGCCUUGUCCUGGCUGCCCUUGUAUGCCAUUGAUAUGUGGAUCGAUUUCAAGAUGCCGAACGCUCCGCUGGACAGUCUCCACCAAGGAUGGAUUCUUCACAUCCGAUCUUUCGCGCAGUGGUUGGGCCUCACCAAUUCCAGUCUCAACCCUCUGUGUUACUGCUUCAUAGGAAACUUAUACAGGUCGGUACAGAAGUUCAAGAAAAGCUGCAGGCAAGGGAUUUAUUCUGUUUUCAGUCUAACCACGGGCAGCGCUCCGGCUCACGGCAGUGCUUCCAUCCUGCUUCGGUACCGGGCUUCGCCUCACGUCGUGGAAAGUGAAUUCAGCGACAGCACACAUCACCCGCGAUGCAGCCGGAUUCCGAACCAAAGCCAACGCUUAUCUUCUGGAGUUACCUGUGGGACAUCGUUUGACUAAACAACAUGAGCGUUAAUAAACUGCGGUAGUAAUGUGUCAGGACAUAAAUAUGGGCUGCGUCUCUAUUUAAUUCAAGAUCUUUUCACCUGACUUUACUGUAAGUAACUAAUCUUUCGACUUCGCUGAUUAUUCCAGCCCUGUAGAAGUUACGGAGAAAUGUUCAGCCAUCCUUGCAUUGUGGUGGAGGCAUUGGUCGGCAGCUGAAUAUUAUCCUUUACCUUAUCCCAGAGAUCGGGACACUUCAGAUCAAAAGGAAAUGAUAUGAAGAUAUCCACGAGAAAUUCCAACUCCCGCCUGUCUUGUGAAACAAUUAUUAGAGUAUAUUUGGAAUUAUUAUAAAAUAUAAUAUGUAAUUGGAAUAAUAUAAGGUAAACUACUUUGAUUGUAAGUGAUAUUGACUGUUUAAACAAAGCGAUUACGUUCUGAUUGUGCCUGUUUUAGGCACGGACCCAAAUCUUAAAAAGCUUUGCAUUAUUAAAUAGUCUUCCAGUCUUAUUGUUCGUGGGAUGUUACAAUGUAGAUCGAAGGAGUGGGGAAACCCUUAAUGUCUGCUGACAUUAAGCAACACAGAACAACGAGACUACUACAGUACUUCAAAGACAGACGUGCUG